AUGCCGCUUAUAAUCUUAACCGGAUAUCCAUGCUCGGGCCUCAGCUACCGCGCAAAGCAGCUCGCAGCGCUCCUCGAAACGACCCAAGAUGAGCUGUUCGCAUCCACCGAAACGACCGCCGCCCUGAAGUCUAAAUUUAAAGUCCACAUUGUCCCAUCACAUGAUAGCUCGCACCCUCGGACAGUCUACGACCAUGCGCGCACAGAGAAAGAAGCGCGCGGAGUCGCCUAUGCGCGGGCAAAGCGGGUGCUCACACGCGACAGCAUCGUGAUCCUGGACGGCAUGAACUACAUCAAGGGCUGGCGGUACCAACUCUGGUGCGAGGCAAAAGCAGCUAAUACAACAUGCUGUGUGGUGCGAUCAACUUUACCGAUUGAAAGGGUCGAGGGCUCAAUGGCUAACCAAUCGCAUAUACAGGUCCACGUCGGCACCCCAAUCGACCAGUGCGUCGCGAACAAUAACAGACGACUAAACCGCCAGUCUACAUCCCAACCAGAACCUCAACCCCAACCCCUAGCCUCAGACUCCGCGCCCAGCCCCGAUCUUAACCAACCAACCCCUUCAUACCCAGACACCGAAGAGCCCUAUCCUCCCGAGCUCCUUGACAACCUAAUCUUCCGCUAUGAAGAACCCAGCACCCACAGCCGCUGGGACAAGCCCCUCUUCACCGUCCCCUGGGACGACCCCGCGCCCCCAGUAGCCGAUAUCUUCCACGCUCUCACCGGCGUAGCCAUUUCGCCCGCCGAGCCCAACCCCGCCAUCUCCUCGCUCACCGAAUCCCUCGCCUCCAGCACCCUCUCCUCCGCUGCAAGCGUCACCACCGCUCGCACAGGCUUCACGCGCGCCGGCGGCACUGGCUCCAACCGCCCGCGCAUCAUCCCCCACCAAGCCACCGUACAAGCCGCGCCCAGCGACCCCACGGCCCUCAACACAAUGGAGAAGCGCACCACCGCGGUCGUCAAUGCCAUCCGCGCAUUCACGCAAGCGACCCCAUCCGCGGAGGUCGCACUCGCGCAGAGCGACGAUCCCAAUGGUAUCUCCAUACCGGUACCGGAUGCCGAGACGAAGGUCUUUGUGCCGGCGCACGUGGCUGCGACUGGGACGACAGAUGAGCUUGCAGGUGCCGGGGGUGUUUUGGCGGCGCCGAAGCUGCAGAGGUUAAGGAGGCAGUGGAUUAGUCUUAAUCGGCGGUAUGUCGGGCAUGGGCAUGGGGCUAUGCAGGGAGGAUUGGCGGCGGAUCAGAUUGGGGAUGCGUUUGUGAGAUUUUUGAAUUCGACAUUUGGAAACGAGAGGGACUAG